AUGGCACCACCACCCUCCACUACCCCAGCUUUCAACGUCCGAAGACGUAAACCAGAACUUAUUGCUCCAGCUAGGCCCACCCCUCAUGAGUGCAAACUGUUAUCCGACAUCGAUGACCAGGAGAGUCUCCGGUUUUUUAUCCCGGUGAUCCAAUUUUAUAGAUAUAAUCCUUCCAUGCUAGGGAAAGACCCUGCUGCGGUUAUACGGGGGGCCCUGGCACAAACUCUAGUGUAUUAUUAUCCAUUUGCUGGUAGGUUAAGGGAAGGACCUAACCGCAAGCUUAGUGUGGAUUGUACUGGCGAAGGUGCCUUGUAUAUCGAAGCCGAUGCGGAUGUUGCACUCCAGGAUUUUGGGGAUAUACUUCAACCACCAUUUCCUUGCAUUGACAAGCUCCUUUAUGAUGUUCCUAACCCUAAAAGGAUGCUGAAUGACCCCUUAAUUUUUGAAUGAGAUGUUGUAUAAAUUGAAUAACAGGUAACAAGGUUGAGAUGCGGUGGUUUCAUAUUAGGAAUCAGUGUAAACCACGUGAUGAGCGACGUUAGUGGAAUGAUGCAAUUGAUUUUAGGCAUGGCGGAGAUAGGGCGUGGAGCAGUCGCCCCUUCAAUCCAACCCGUAUGGGAGAGGCAGCUUUUAAAUGCUCGAGAUCGGCCACGAGCCUCAUUGUUGCACCGCGAGUACGACAAAGUCGAAGAGAGCACGAUCACAAGUACCCCAUCGGAAAACAUGGUCCACCGGUCCUUUUCCAUUGGCCCCAACCAAGUUUCAACUCUUCGCAAACUUCUACCUAACACCCUUGGCCAAUGUUCGAGGUUUGAAGUCUUAGCUGCUUGCUUAUGGCGCUGUCGAACCAUUGCCCUAAAACCCCACCCUGACGAAGAGGUCCGCUUGCUAUGCAUGGUUGAUGUACGCUCAAAGUUGAGCCCUCCAUUACCAUCAGGAUAUUACGGUAACGCCGUGGUGUUCCCAGCUGCCAUAACAACAGCUAGAAAACUUAGCCAAAACCCAUUAGGGUAUGCAGUAAAACUGGUGAAACAAGCCAAGGAGAGGGUGAGCGGAGAGUAUGUGAAAUCGGUGGCGGAUUUAAUGGUGAUGAAGGGUCGACCCCAUUACCCUAUGGCCGGGUCAUGCGUGGUAACAGACGUAACACGCGCAGGGUUUGAAGAAGUGGAUUUUGGGUGGGGUAAGGCAGUGUAUGGAGGGCUUGCAAAAGCUGGAUUGGGUGCUAAAUUACCUGCUGCCUCCCCAUGCGUUAAUUUAGUGGCAAUCAAGGGUGGAAUUGCUAUCUCAAUUUGUUUGCCAGCACUAGCCAUGGAUAUAUUUGCCAAGGAAUUGGAGUUCCACAGUAAGUCCCUGUUUAUUUCAUCCGAUUUGUAAAAUAAUCACUUUCAUUGCUUAACCCUCUGUAAUCUCCUCCCAACCACAAUAUUCUACAAUAAUUAGUUUAACAUAUACUA